CCGGAAGUGACGCGCGAAGACGCGCGUGGCGCGGGCCGGCGUUUCCGCAAACAGAAGGGUGGCUGGGCCUGCUGGUAAUCAAAAAUGGAAAAUCCUGCAAAAGCGGAGGAAGAUGAAAAGAUGUCUCUUGAACAGGCAAAAGCAUCAGUAAAUUCUGAAACAGAGUCUUCAUUCAGUAUUAAUGAAAGUACAGCAGCUCCUGGGACUGGGCUUUCUGAAAAGACUCCUAUUUGUGGGCAAGUAGACACACCAAAAAAGAGAAGAGUGUUUGAAGAUGUUCAUGUAAAGCAAAGUUCCAGUUGUGGAGAAGACACUCCAGCCAAGAAAAGAAAACUUGAUGCUGAAGUUAUCCCAGAGGAAGAAGAUUCUAGUGAUGAUGAAGCCAUUUCAAAGAAAAGAAAAAUGGAAACUGAUGAUGUUCCAAAAUAUGAAUCUUCUCCUGGAGAUGGCACUCAGAAAAAGAGAAAAAUAGAACUUGAAGAUGUUCCUGAAGAGCAGAAAAAUCUUCAAGAAGGACAUGGCUCAACAGUAGCUGCCCACUACAAUGAACUUCAGGAAGUUGGUUUGGAGAAACGUAGUCAAAGUCGUAUUUUCUACCUAAGAAACUUUAAUAAUUGGAUGAAAAGUGUUCUCAUUGGGGAAUUUUUAGACAAGGUACGACAGAAAAAAAAACGUGGUAUCACUGUUUUGGAUUUGGGAUGUGGCAAAGGUGGAGAUUUGCUCAAGUGGAAAAAGGGAAGAAUUAACAAGCUAGUUUGUACUGAUAUCGCGGAUGUUUCUGUCAAACAGUGUCAGCAGCGGUAUGAGGACAUGAAAAAUCGUCGUGAUAAUGAAUAUAUUUUCAAUGCAGAAUUUAUAACUGCUGACUGUUCAAAGGAACUUUUGAUUGACAAAUUUCAUGACCCAGAAAUAUGCUUUGACAUUUGCAGCUGUCAGUUUGUCUAUCAUUACUCAUUUGAGUCCUAUGAGCAGGCUGACAUGAUGCUCAGAAAUGCUUGUGAGAGACUGAGCCCUGGAGGCUAUUUUAUUGGUACCACUCCUAAUAGCUUUGAACUGAUAAGACGCCUCGAAGCUUCAGAAACAGAAUCAUUUGGAAAUGAAAUAUAUUCUGUGAAAUUCCAGAAGAAAGGAGAUUAUCCUUUAUUUGGCUGCAAAUAUGACUUCAGCUUGGAAGGUGUUGUGGAUGUCCCUGAAUUCUUGGUCUAUUUUCCGUUGCUAAAUGAAAUGGCCAAGAAGUACAAUAUGAAACUAGUCUACAAAAAAUCAUUUCUGGAAUUCUACGAAGAAAAGAUUAAGAACAGUGAAAAUAAAAUGCUGUUAAAACGAAUGCAGGCCCUGGAGCCGUAUCCUGCAAACGAGAAUUCUAAACUUGCCUCUGAGAAGGUGGAUGACUAUGAACAUGCGGCAAAGUACAUGAAGAACAGUCAAGUAAGGUUACCUUUGGGAACUUUAAGUAAAUCAGAAUGGGAAGCUACAAGUCUUUACUUGGUUUUUGCCUUUGAGAAGCAGCAAUGAGAGUGCAGGCAGCAGCUCCUGCGCGGCUGUGUUCAUCCUGCACAGACUUGAGCAGUCUGUCUCGGAUCAGUGCGACAGCUCUGUUUAUUUUAAUUCUAAAUGUGUAGUUGCUACCAGAAACUCCAGUGUAUAAAUUCAGCAUUUGCUGUAUGAUGAACUUUUGUGUGUAUAUAAGAAAGAAUUGGGACCUUUUUCUUUAAAAAUCUAUUUUUAAUUGAUGUUCUAAGAAUUCCAUUUGCCUCUACUCUCUUAGCUCAUAAAAAUUAUAAUAUGACUUGUUAAAGCAGCUGAACUCUUUCCACCGUGCUCUAAUGUGUUCAGUGUGUGUUUACAGUAUUAAAUUUAUUACAGUUGUAGAGUUGGUGAGAGAGCAUACUGAUUUGCCAGUGUGCUCAUUCCCAUGCUUUUGUUACAUAGUGUUCUACAAGAUUAAGUGGAUUACAAUCUGUAUGAUUGAAUGUAAGUGUUCCAUAUGUAUUGCUAAAGUUAUAAGGUUAAAACUUAAUUUUAGAUGGUCAUAAAAGUUACUUAGCUAGAAUCUUAGCAAUUUAUUUUAUUUUGAUAUAAGUACCUUAUUUGCUAGUAUGCUGCAAUUUUGGAACUGAUUAGAACAUUUAAGAUGGUGGCAUAGGAUUAUUUUAGAAUUUGGGGAGUUUUUCUUAAGAAUUUCCUACCAUAGCAAUUCAUGUUUCCAGUUAUCAAGAGUGUAAUUAGAUACAUUUACCUUUCUUUAUUGAACAAUGAUGCCAUAGUUAUUUUUCUCAAGAUUUAGUGAAAAUCCCUCCUGUAUAAACUUGUUGCACAUUUUUUUUUUCAAAUUUGUACAUAGAACUGCAAUAGGAGAGUAUAGGACUGUAAAUUUCCAAUUAAUGCUCAUUGAUGUUAGGCCUAGAUUACUGAUACUCAGUUUCCACGUCAGCCCAGAAAUAAGCAAUACCUGUUCCUCUGUUACAACAUUAGUACUUUGCACAGUAGGAUCCAGUGUCUAAUCACCAUUCAAAAUUUUUAUUUGCCAUUUCAGAACUAUUAUAAUUGUUAAAAUUGUCAAUUGUGUAAUUGACUUCUCUUCCGAAAUGGAUGCCUGUUUGAACUGUUGUGCUUACUUUACAUCACUGUGUAGAAAACUUGCCAGUUUUUAGAUGUAGUGAAAAACUUGAAGAGCAAAGCUGAGCAACUGUGUAUUCUUUUUAAAAUUGUUUAUUUAAAGCAUGGUUUACAAAAACAUUACUUUCUGUAAUUGUCCAGAGUACUUGUUUUAAAAACAUAGUCUCUUAAUUAGUUUAUAUUCUGUUGACUGUUCAUGUUAGAGUAACAAACUUUUCUGCAAGAGAACAUGAGUUUCCUCAUUUCUGUUCCUUCAGCAAUUUGUCAAUCUCCCAACUGUUGCCAGUCUAUAAAAAUGAAGUCUUUUUGCCUUA